AUGGCCGAGAGUUAUAAAGUGGAAAUAAUCCCACCAUACACGGAGUUGGGCACACGUCCCCAUUGGGACAUUGCGAGUCAGAGUCUGUACUACGUGAGCGUUUCAAAUGGAUUGAUCUAUCGACUGGACUACAAAGAGAACAAGGUGUACUGUGCUUCGAUCGAUGGCACCAAGCGGACCUCGUUCAUUAUCCCGGUGAAGGGUCAGCGGGAGUGUUUCGUCAUAGGUGACGGCGGUCGGAUAUUGAUGAUCCGCUGGGAUGGGCUCUCGAAGAAGGCGAGUAUCGUGAAGGAGUUGUCCAACACCGGUCCCAAGGAUACGCAAAACCGGUUCAACGAUGGUAAGGCGGAUCCAUGGGGUCGACUGUACGCCGGUACUAUGAUGCUUGAAAGUAUUGGGAGUGCGUUUGAGAACGCGACGGGCUCGCUGUAUAGGUUCUGUGCGAGCAGUGGCAAGCUAGUGGAGCAGGAUCGGAACAUUUACAUCUCGAACGGACUGGCCUGGAACCGGCAGACGAACAAGUUCUACUUCGUUGACACGGGCGCGAACAACAUCAAAGAGUAUGACAUUGAUCUGGACGGAAAUCUUGUCAACGGGACGAUUUGGUAUGAUUUCAAAGCGCCAGGUAACGAUCCGGGCGGCUUCAGUGAUGGUAUGAUAAUCGACACCGAAGGUAACCAUUUCGUCGCCAUAUUCAAUGGUUCUAAGGUGCUGAAAAUAUCACCUCAGAAAAAAGUACUGCAGGAGAUCAAGAUACCGGCCCAGCAGGUGACAGCGCUUGCUUUCGGUGGUCCAAAGCUGGACGAGCUAUUUGUCACAACCGGUUCGAUGGCGUUCACCACUCCGCAAAAGGAACCGGCAGAGGCAACGUUCAAAAUAACCGGACUAGGAGCGAAAGGAUACCCGAUGGAUGAAAUCGACUUGUCCAAAGUGAAGACGCCAUGAAGUUACCCAUUUCGUCUUAAUUGUUUUUUGCAAGAUGUUUAAUGUUGUACGAUUUAGUUUUCUUCAUUUUGCAAAUUUUAUGAGUUACUCUUUUUACAGAUUUGCUCCUUGAUUCAUGCUUGUCCUUC